GCGUCACUCCGUAAACCCGCGAGUUCCGGAAGCCUGGGGAACCUAGGUUCUGCUAGGAAAAGCCAAGUUUACCAGAGAAUGUUUCAGGAACAGUUACUUGGAGUGGGGCGUUUCUCAGACUCCUAAGGUUCCAUUGUCCCAGAAUACUACAUUUAGUGAAAAGGGACUGUUUCAGAAUGAGACCAAGUUUUUGACCGGUCACGUCCAACAUGUCUGGAAUUCUGUGACGUCCCUGGAAAACUUCUACCUGAACAAUUUCAAGCAAUUACAGGGAGGCUGAGGCUCCAUCCAGACCACAGUUUGUAGUCUAAACACCUUCUCCUCAUGAGUUGCCUUUAGUUAAGCCUGAACAGAAUAAACUUGGAGAUGGCCGACUCUACCUUUUUCUUUUUCACUUUAUCUUCUCCCUGAUCUCGACCAUUUUAUCCAUUACUUGUAUCCAGAAAGAUUAUUAGAGUUGAGUGGUCUUGAGCCAGAAGGAGAUUUGGAAGAAGAGAAUGGAAUUACCUACAGGUCAAAAAGAGAACCUCUUAUUUUGUCCUUUAAAAAAAAGAGGAAAGGAAAUAGAAUAGAACACAGUAGAAAGAAUGCUGGACUCAGGCAAGAGAAUUGAGUUCUACUUCGGACUCUGGUUUUGUUUUGGUUUUUUUUUGACUAGCUCUACCUCUUGGCCUUAUUCUCAUUUUUAGAAAUUAGGAGUUGUACUCAAUCUGUGAUUUUAAAACGGUUCCAUAGAAAUUUCCUGCAGAGCCAAGCAGAGAAGAGAAAGAGCCAGCAGACCCUCAGCAGUAUUUUAUGAGACCAGCCAUUUUUUGUGUUCUGCUUGAAAAACAGGGGUCCUGUUAGGAAUAUUAAAUUCACAUCUUUGAGUAGAUGAUCUGUUUCCUUAUGGGGUUAAAAUUUUGUUUCCUAGGAUAAUCAUUCUUAGUGUGCAUUACAGAUGCUUUAAUAAUAAAAUAUAUAUGUUCAGAGUUAAUUCAUUAACAAAAGCCACAAACCUCUCUAUAUUUAAUCUUCUUUAAUAGCUACAAAUUUUAAAUUUAAUUCUUUCUUUAUUAUCAGAAUCAUAAUUUCUUUUAUUUUUCUCUCUUCCCCUUAUUUUUUUCUAAUUUUAGCCAUAAAUUUUUGUUUAUAUUCAAAGCUCAUAAUAAUAAUAGGGCAGAUAUUUUCCAUUUAACGUAUUGAGUAGCUGAACCUUAUUUUUUUUAAUGAGAGUUUAUUUCAGGUUGUCUCAUUUUUUUGGGGGGGGUUCAUUUUUGCCACACAGUAGUAUGUGGGAAUUCCUGCACCAGGGAUCAAAUCUGUGCCCCACAGCAGCAACCAGAGCCACAGUGGUGAGAACACAGGAGCCUCAACCCAUUAGGCUAGCAGAGAAUUCCCAGUAGCUAAACCUUAAAGAUGUUAGCAGUCUUGCUUAGCAUCACCUUGCUAGUAAAGUUUCAAGUCCUGGCCCACAUUUUCCUCAUAGCAUCAGGUAAAUUUUACUUUUAUUUGCCUCUUGAACUCCACCAUGCCCGGUUCCUGUUAAACCAGGCAAAGGUAUGCAAUAUGCACAAUCUUUAUUUCUGGACAAAGGUUCUGCUUAUAAUCACUGGCUCCUUUUUUCCUCCCUUGAUUACCUCGGUUGGAAAACCUAGAAGCAAAUUGGAUGUUCCCUUUUUUCUUUUCACUGUGAAACAACAGCAGUUUCUAAACAUUCCAUGUUCUUCCCCAGUUCCUUGGGAGUGUAGAAGAAACCUCAGAAGAAAAGGCCUGAACUGCUCCAGUUUCCCCACAUCUAUCAUCCUAGUGCUGUGAUUUCUGGGCAGGAAUGUGGAAGCAGGAAAGAGGAUGUCUAGCACCUUCUGCCUUUCCAUUUGUGGGCUAUUAACUUCCCAACCUCUUCCCCUCUGUGAAUUCAAAUUGCCCUUUUCUGGAGUUCCUGCUGUGAUACAGUGGGUUAAGAAUCCGACCGACUGUAUCAGACCGACUGUACCAGCUCGCUGUGGAGGUUUAGAUUUCAUCCCCAGCCUGGCACACUGGGUUAAAGGAUCCAGAACAGCAUAGGUCACAGCUGCAGAUCAGAUUCAGUCCCUAGCCCAGCCUGCGGACUUCCAUAUGUCAUAGGUAUGGCUAUACAAAAAAGGGGAAAAAAAGCCCUUUUAUAGGUUCCUUUUUGUUUAUUUACUUAUUUAUUUUUGGCCUCACCAAAGUCAUGUAGAAGUUCCAGGGCCAAGGAUCUAACCCAAGCCACAUCAGAGACCAGAGCAGCUACAGUGAUGACACAGGAUCCUUAACGGGCUGAGCCACCAUGAAACCCCAGAUUGCUUUUUUUUUUCUUACCUGCCUGUGCCUAAGGAGAAAUGAAAUUUCGUCUCAGUCAUUUUUCCUUUCUUCUUACUACUAAACCCUAAAAACCAGGUGCUCUACAAUGAUUCUGUUUUGAUUAUGCACAUCUGUUCCUUUCUUCAGAAACCUUCAGAGAAGGCAUGGCUUCCAGAGACGAGAAUUCAAAGCAGGCAAACAGAGUGCUCAGAAUCAGUCAGUUGGAUGCACUUGAACUAAACAAGGCCCUGGAGCAGCUCGUUUGGUCCCAGUUUACUCAGUGCUUUCAUGGAUUUAAGCCAGGGCUAUUAGCCCGCUUUGAACCAGAGGUGAAAGCAUUCUUGUGGCUUUUCUUGUGGAGAUUCACCAUCUACUCUAAAAAUGCCACAGUGGGACAGUCAGUUUUGAAUAUUCAAUACAAGAACGACUUUUCGCCAGACCUGAGAUACCAGCCACCAAGUAAAACUCAAAAGCUCUGGUACGCCAUCUGUACAAUCGGUGGGAAGUGGCUCGAGGAACGGUGCUACGAUGUGUUUCGAAACCGUCACUUCGCAUCCUUCAAGAAAGCCAAACAGUGUGUGCAUCUCGUGGUGGGACUUCUGAAGCUCGGCGGGUUGAUUAAUUUCUUAAUUUUCCUUCAAAGGGGCAAGUUUGCCACUUUGACGGAACGUCUCCUGGGCAUCCAUUCCGUGUUUUGCAAGCCCCAAAAUGUCCGUGAUGUGGGCUUUGAGUAUAUGAAUAGGGAACUCCUCUGGCACGGCUUUGCCGAGUUUCUGAUUUUCCUCCUGCCCCUUGUCAAUAUCCAGAAGAUGAAAGCCAAGCUCUCCGCCUGGUGCACCCCUGUGACGGGCGCCCCCAGUGGUGAUGGUGCGUUAGGCACCAGCGGCAAACUGUGCGCUCUAUGCGGGGAGUGGCCCACCAUGCCCCACACCAUGGGAUGCCAGCACGUUUUCUGUUACUACUGCUUGAAGAGUAGCUUCUUAUUCGACAUGUCCUUUGCUUGCCCUAAGUGUGGCACAAAGGUGCACAGCCUGCAGCCCCUGAAAUCAGGACUCGAGAUGUCAGAAGUGAAUACCCUUUAGAAAGCUAACCUCAUUUCCUGAGAAGAGCAGCCUUAUGUUUAAAUCCUUAACACGAGUCAUCCUAAGCACCCUCUUUAGGUAUGUUUUAUGAGGACAUGUGUUUUUCCGCCGCUGCCGUCCCUUCCUUUCCCGGCAUGACUAAAUUCUCACACUGGAAACUACAUGAUUCUAAAUAUUAUGAUAUAAAUGGUCGUGUAUUAUUUUUUUAAUCAUUGCAUUUAAUUUUGAAUGUCAAGAAUAAUGGAUAAUUUUUAUCAAAUGACUACUAAGAAUGCUCCUUCAUUCUUCUACUUCCUGAAAAGAGGUUAGACUCUUAAAGAUUGUAGAGACUCUAGGAUGAGUGUGUUUAUUUUCAGAAAUGAUACCAUAACAUAAUAAAAUGACAAUAGUAAGACCUGUUGUUACUGAUGUCCCAAGUGUAAUUUUAAGUGUUGCUCUGAAGCCAGCUUUUAAGGGGUUCAGUCAGCUUCCUUCUUGGGCAAAACAGUGGCCUCCAGAUGCUCAAGACUUCCAUUCUGCCAGCUUUCUGAUCCUACUGGUCUGAGAGCAUCUUGCCUAAUAGUUCUGUCCAAGUCCAGAAACACAGGUCAGCCUGAGAUGAUGUGCACGGUCCUGAACUGGAUGGAGAAAUACUGCUCCCAGUUACUCAAAUGUGGAUGACCCACCUUCACGAAUACAAGAUGAACUGAAGUAGGGGAGAAGGCAGUUCACCCCAGGAAACUAAGAUGCCAUGAGGAAGAAGAUGGAUGCCAACCAGGUAGAAAUGAUAGAUGCUGACUGGUAUCUCCCUUUGCCUUCUGUAUCCCAGAAAUCCGCAGGCCAUCGUUCCUUUUACCAGUGAUCUAGCUUGAUAAGGACAUUAAUAAGUAACUGAAUGGUUGUUUUAGAUUGCAGGUUUGAAAGGAUAGAAUAAAGACAAGAUUUUGUGACACCACCA